AUGACUGGGCGAGACUAUUCGGUAGCGACUGGCCUUGACGUACGCCUCGCCGCGCGAAACGGAAAACAUACGGGGCCGACGUCGGGCCUUGCCCCCGGAUUCUUACAAGCCAACAUGCUGGUCCUUCCAGUCGAGUACGCCGACGAUUUCAGAAGACUCUGUGCGCGCAACCCGGUGGCAUGUCCCCUGAUUGCCGAGUCCUCCAACGCGGGCCGUUUUGACAGCAUCACGGGCUGCUCGCCAAACUUGACCACGGCAGGCGGCUGCGACCUGCGGACCGACAUUCCGGCGUACAUGGUCUACCGCGACGCGGUGCUGGUCAAGUCGCACUGCCGGGACAUUCUCGAGGAGUGGACGGCCAGCCACGUUGCCUUUCUGAUUGGGUGCUCGUACAGCUUCGAGACGGCGCUGGCGGCGGCGGGCCUGCCGGCGCGGCACGUCGCGACGGGGCGGCGGCGCAACGUGCCCAUGUACCGGACGACGAGGGCGCUAUGCCCGGCAGGGGUGUUUACGGGGGCCACGUACGUGGUGUCGAUGCGGCCGUAUCGCAAGAGGGACGUGGACAGGGUCAGGGCGGUGACGAGGCGGUUCGGCAAGACGCACGGCGAGCCGCUGGCGUGGGGUUGGGCGGCGCUGGAGGAGCUGGGGAUUCGGGACGUUGAUGCGCCGGAAUGGGGCGAUGCACCGUUGACGGAGGAUGGGAGGCCGUGGGGGGAGAUGAGAGGACGUGAAAAGCAGGAGAAGGAGGAGGGGGAGGAGGAGGAGGAGGAGGAUGGUGAGGUGCCAGUGUUUUGGGGAUGUGGCGUGACGCCGCAAGAGGCUGUGAUGAGAGCUGGACUGAAGGGGGUGGUGAUGGCGCAUGCGCCGGGGCAUAUGCUGGUGCUGGAUGCGAGAGAUGAGGAUAUUGUGAGCUAA